AUGUCGACGGUUAAGAAGACUGAGCUAAAAGUUAACGUCAAUUGCGAGAAGUGCAAGAAGGACGUACUAAAAGCAGUCACCAAGCUUUCAGGAAUAAAUCAGGUAUCGGUGGACGCCACAAAGGGGACGUUAACAGUGAUUGGGGACGUUGACCCUGUGAUGAUUGUGAAGCAAGUAAGGAAGGCCAGAAAAUGUGCGGAGAUUAUUAGUGUCGGACCUCCAAAGCCGCCGGAGAAGAAGUCCCCCGAAAAAUACGUUCUUCUUCCCUCUUUUUGUAAAGAUUGUCAGCUUGUUGCCGUUAGCUUUGCACCCUACGGUGGCGGAUCAGCUUGCAACAUCCUUUAA